AGGGGAAACCAAAGAGGACUCAAAAAGAGCUGAGCCCUCCCUUACUGCUUAAGCAGACUGUUCUUCUGUGCGUAAGAGAGUUAAAGGAAUAACAGCAAUAUUUUGCUCCUUGAGAGAAACAAAUACUGUCUGUCAAAACCCUGAUCUCUUUCAGGCGACAGCGGCAGCACCAAAUGAUGGCAAGCAGACUUGACCCUUCACUGCAGAAAGAAGAUUCUCUACUCUUUCCUGCCUACUCUGUGGUCUGCUAUAAACGCACUUUGACAGCCAACCCAAUUCCAGCACAAAGGAAUCUGCCUUAUACCAACUCAGGACAUCUGGUACCAUCUAGCUCAGUACUGAUGACAUGGACUAGGAUUGGCUCUCCAGGAUUCCAAGCAAUGGAUCAUCUCUCAGUUCAUGAAGGGUGACGAUGACAUGUGAAAAUACCUGCAAGGAAAUAUGCUCACUCUUGGCAAUAAGACCAAGGACCCCUUAAUUUUAUGUCAGUUUCUUUCUUGGAGGAACAGAUUGAUUAGUGGUAAAGAAUAUGUCUUUUUAUGAGAAUGAAAUGUCAAGAUGGAACCUCAGGCAUGUCAGAGGUAUAGCUGAGCUCUUGGAGCCUGUAGUUUCACCCAGCAAUGCUAAGAGAUUUUCAUCAGAGAAAUCUAUCAGUGGCAUAGACCAAUGCUUGCACAUUCCUGGAAAAGCAGAUUCUGCAUACAGUUCUUUCUCAGGUGGCUCAAAUAUUCCAGAGUGCCCUAUCCCAUUAGGUUACAAUGAGCAUGAUUCUCUGCCUCUAGAGCAGCUGUCAUAUAUGGACACAGGAUACGUAAGAGGCAUUUUUAAUCUCAGUGCAAUAAAUCCUGGGCUUCCAGAGAUGUAUGAAGACAAGGCAAUAGGAAAGAAAAACCACUAUAAAUUAGAUAAUACUGCCCAUAGCAAGUCAAAUGGAAGCACCCCUACCCAUGGGAUGUCAUACCAAGCAUCAUCACCAUUGGUAGAGUUUUUGUCUCCUCUUCCUCCCCCACCAUCCCCAUCAGCUCAAGUUGAUAGCUAUAAAACUAACAAAAAUGUAGCUCAAACUCAUUCUGGAAUUUGCUUUGAACCCAGCAUGCAAGCUGAAGUGUGCAUUAAAGACACUGACAAAGACCUACUUUUUUACUCCCCAGCAAACUAUCACAAUGAUUACUGGCUCUCUAGAUGUGAGGAUGAAAGCCUAGUCACAGAAGAGAGUGACAUUUGGUAUCCCACCAGUCAAUAUAUCCCCCCCAAAAUUAACUCCCCCAUUUCCACCAAGACCCAGAAGAUUUUGUGCACUCAGAAUUCAGUCUGCACUUACACAGUUCCUGAGGUGAUGGACUCGAAGCCCUCUCCUUUGCUACAUACCAGUCACAAUGCUGUUAAUGAUACACAAGAGAACAAACAGUAUUUUUAUGCUUCCAGUGUACACAAACCACCCUUCAGAGCAACAGAUCUACCAAGCACCAUGGCAGUAUCCAGCACACAGGAGGGGCAGUUUCAUGGUGUUCUGCAUCCAUUCAGAGUUCCUGAUCUUUUGGGUUUAGACCAGGAUGUAUAUGAAAGCUGUAUGAGCUUAAAAUACAUUGGCAGCUCGCUUCCUAACAAGGCUGAGCCAGGAAUAAUUAAGAGCUAUGAAAGCAAGAAAUGUUUCUUCAGUUCUGAGGAAGAAAACAGCAGAGAUGUUUGGCAGCCACUUCUAAAUCAGCAAACAAGAAUGCAAAAGCCACCGAGUCAUGGUUUGGACCUCGCAAAAACUCCUCUCUGUGAAAUCUACGAGACAGCCGACACAAUAUCGUAUUACACUAAUGAUGCCGAGUACUCUGCAUCCCGACCACUGAGUGGAUUUAGAAAAGCAAAGAAAAAUGAUAUGAAUAGCAGCCCUGACCUUCCGACGAACCCGAGGCAAGAGGAAAUGCUCAAGCCUGUUUGUUUUCCAAAGCAACAUUUUUCUAAGAAAGCUGAAAGUCAAUCCCAGGAUGACUCUACCAGUAUAAAGAUAAACAGAAGGACAACUCCUCUUCUUUACUACCUUUCUGGUGGGAAAAAUCCCAGCUUUAUGAGUCAUGAAAACCAGACUCAAGACGAAGAAGACUUUGCUAUGAGAUCUCCAAGGAGCAAUUUCACUGCCGCUACUGAGCCAAUAGAAAUACCAAGAGAUACUAACACCUAUGUGGAUAAUAUUGGCAGCAACAAUGAGGGGCUAAUUCCGAGGAGUCCUGCAUCAUCAGUGGAUGAGAAGUUCAAGAAUGACUAUCGGGAAAAACUUAAAGUUGCUCAAAGUAAGGUCCUGAGAGAAACAUCUUUCAAGAGAAAGGAUUUACAAAUGAGCUUGCCCGUUCGGCUGAAGCAGAAACCCUCUUCACGGCCAUCCAUUCAACAUCUCAGGUCCUUGUCAUUAUCUAGUACAAACGAGGACUCCAAAUUGAUUCCUGCCCCCAAGCCACUGGAAAGCAUCAGCAAUGAAGAUGAAUCAAUGAGGCCACAAACUGCCCGAAUUGGGGGAAGGAAAAGGGCCACCAAAGAACAGAAGAAGAUCUCUUACUCUGAGCCAGAGAAGCUCAACCAGCUGGAUGAUCAAAGAGAUCAAAGUGCAUUGUGGACAAAGAAGAAUGCAAGGUCCCGGUCUGAUGAGAUUAACGAACAAGACAGCAUGAUCAUCGGACGUAAAGCUCAGAGAAAUCAAGGCAGGGCUCUUUUGAAAGCAGAACUGAAGCAAAUACAGCACAACGCGCUUCUUGAGUACAUGGAACGAAAGAUUGGGCAACGGCCUGCUGCCGCACAGAGCAGCACACAGCGAAAGCCUCCUUUGCUACUGAGGACUUCAAAUGCAAAGAGGUUCCUGGAAGACAGUGCUGCCAAUCCCAGUACGAGCAGAAAGCUACAGUCUAUAGAUGGUUUCUGUCAAUUUCCUGUUCCAGGGAAAAUUCUGGAGCCACUGUCUUUCUCCCCUGCUUUAACUUCUACAACUGGUGCCAUGACUGAUAGAUGCAGUGCCAGAUCUCCAGUCUUUGACAUGGCUAAUUCAAAAGUGCAGCCUGCUGACAACGAAGGAAGCUGUGUCAGCAAGUGUGCCUCAACUAAAAGUAUUCAUCACUCAUGUUCUGUCUCCAGUAAAGGACGAGGGAGAUCAAAAUCAACUCCUUCCCCUGUGCAGGUUUUCCAUAGCUCUACAGCCUGCCCUGCAUUGUCAGCUCAGGACCAUGAAUAUUAUCCCACGCACCCCAACUUCCCAUCAAAGGAGGAAUUGGAAGCUGAUCCAUCUGACAAAACUGAUGCUUUGGGGGCUGCAACAAAGCAAAGUCCUUCUACAGCUGAGCGAAGAGGGAAGUCUAUGGAAGAAACGGGAACUUCCAAAAUGAUCAAACUGUCCCCUCUGAGCCAAAGUAUGGAUCAGCUUCACCGUCUGAAGCACUGGCAUAUUUCCUCUGGGCUGGAGACUGGCAAAAACCACCAAGCAGAAAGCCAUCCAGAUACUCUGCAACAUUGUGAGCCUGCAUCAGGGCAUCUGCUCAGACAGCCACAUGCUGAAGGCGUUGCAGGAGUGAGGGGAUUAAAUCCAACAGUCCAAGAACUGGAACAACCUCAUAGCACAGAUCAGCUCAUUAGCACUUUUCGAAGUCUAGGCAAUCCAACUGUGAGCCUUGUACCCCCACCUUCUGUGGGCAAGUUGCCAUCCCCAAAUGUACCUUUGGAGUCUCUUCCUUCUUUACCAGCCCCUUCUCCUGCUGAUAUGGACAAUGAGGUUUUUAAGGACUCUUUUGCGAGCAGCUCAGAAACAGCCUCAGACCUUGCCACCCCCUGUGGACAAAGUAGGGGUACCAUUCCAGACCGAAAAACACCAGAGCUUGCCCUGCCUGCUUCGGCUUUACAGACUUCCAUAAAAGGAAAGCAAAUCAAGGAAAAAUUUAAUACCAGCUUCCCUGUCCCUGAGAAAGAAGAAUCUAGUUUUAGAAAUAGUGGAGAAGAUGAGAAUUCUGAAAAUUCACAUGAUGAAGAGAUGGUUCUUGACUUGCUGUCUUUCUUCCCCAAAGAAAAGAACAGCCAAAAUUCUCAGUUGAAGAAAGAAUUAAGUGAAGAAGCUCAUGUGACUAGUGCAUCUGGGAGAACCCAGUGGCAGCCGUUAAAGGCAAAUGACACAUCACAUGAUUUGGAGAACAGGACAUACUAUUGCUCAGCCCUGUUAGACAGCCAACAACAUAAUACCUGCCACCAAUUAGAAAAUUCAAAAGCUCUGCACAAUGAACAUGAUUGUAACUUUCCGGCACAAGGCACAGAUUUGUCUUUAGCACAGUCAAGAUCUCCAGAGGACCAAAGGUGUGAAGACCUUGCUAUUGAGAUUAUUGCCAAAGACAAGUCUCUGGUUGACAUCCUCACGCCCCAUCCCAUUAGGAAGACAGCUUUAGAUCUCAUGGAAGGCCUUUUUCCUGUAAACAUUUCAAUGUCAGGCAGAUCCUGCAGAAGGAAGGGGGGAAUUCAGCCUAUCCAAGAAAAAGACCAAAGAAGCAGUGAGUGUACAACAGACCCAUCUCAUGGGACUAAGAGUUAUCUUGGAGAAAGCACAGAAGAUGCCACAUUUCACACAAAUAGAAUUCUGAGUAAAGACAGAGAAAGUCUUGAUGAUCCAGACAGCAUCACAUCAAAGAAAAGAGAACUUAUUUCCAGCAUCCAGUUGAAACUACAGACUCUGUGGGAUGAGAGGGAGCUUAUCCAGUCCGAAGCUAAGGAGCAUACUGUGCGCGGGAAGCAGUUGGAGUCCUUGGUGCAAGAACUCUGUAAGCCCAAUGAGUAUGAGCGCUAUAUAAUGUUCAUUGGUGACCUGGAAAAGGUGGUAAACCUGCUGCUGUGCCUAUCCAGCCGCCUUGCUCGGGUCCAAAAUGCCAUGGGGAAAAUGGAUGAAAACACAGAUGCUGAGGAGAAGCAGUCAUUAAAAGAACGGCACAGACUCCUGUCCAGGCAACGGGAGGAUGCAAAGGACUUGAAAGAGAAUCUGGAUCGCAGAGAAAGGGUGGUGUCGGGUAUUCUUUCCAAAUACAUGACCAAACCGCAGCUCCAGGACUACAGGCACUUUGUACAGGAAAAGACAUCUUUAUUGAUUGAACAGAAGGACCUUGAAGAGCAGAUUAAGUUUCUGGAAGAGAAACUGGAGAGGUUGGGGAAGAGCAUUCCUCUUUAAAGCCAUAUCAGUUGGCCACUUCCUUUCAUGAAUGAAACAAUUGUGCUAGAACUCCAUCUGCAGCUGCGGAAACAUUUCAGAAGUGAACAAGGCUGUAUUUGGUGACUUCACAUAGGCAUCUCAGUGCCCCAGUUUUGACAAGGGCUUAAUUGGCCUAGGCAGACAUUCUUAGGAAAAAGUGACAAAACCUCAGCUGUAGGUAGCACAUUUUAUCUUGAAAUGACUGAUGCAAUGCUUGUUGCCUUUCAUUAAUGAGCCGAUAUGCUGUUUUUCCUUCCUGCUGACUGCUGGUCUGUUUCCAGACUGACAUCAUACCAAUAAAAAAUGUGUGUAUCAUGAAA